AUGGCGGCAUCCGAGGAAGAAGCUGGAACUGCCUCCUCAGAACUACUGGCAUGGAAGGAGCUUUGUCGAGCGGGCAAAGAAAGACAGUCCCGGGCAAUUUCCGACGAUGAGGAGACACAGGAGCAGAGCCCAAAAGCUCGAGGCGCAAGCAAGACGUUGCUCCGCUUACAAACGGCCUCGACCAUGAUUAACCUGACUGACGGGAGCUCUGCGUCUUCGAGUUCUCGAUCCAGGUCAGUAUCAGCAGCAAUCUCAGAGGACAGAGAAUCAUCCUCUAGCUGGUUCUCAAGAGGAUGCACUCCCAGCAUCUGCAACUCGGAUGACGGACGAUUCGCCCACCAUGUGGUCUUCAGACGUGCGCAAACAACAAAUUGCGAAGAAGCACUGCGAGCGGCCACAUACCCAGAGCACACCAGGCAAGAGCCAUGGAAGCCGUACGGCUGGACAAUGCCAGCAUGCCGGCCCCGACGUUUUCCACGCCGACGCUGUCCUACCAGUGUCUUCGCAGCCUUGAUGCUGCGUGUCUCCGUUGCGAGACGCUUUGCUCGGAAGAUCGGAGCUGCAAAACCGGUGGCGGCCUCGGCGACGAAAGCGCCAACGCCGAUUGCAGACGACUGGCAGGAGGUCCAAGACUCGAGCGGCGGCUCCUAUUGGUGGAACAAGCGAACGAACGAGACUACUGCCGUGGGUGCUGCAAAACCGGGGCCGGACCAAUGGCAGCAGGUGAAGGAUCCUUCUUCCGGACAAAGCUAUUGGUGGAAUAAAGAGACGAAUCAGACGACAGCCGUGGGCGCGCCGAAGCCCAGCGCCGUUGCUCCGCAGCCGGAGGCAGGCGUGCCUGCGGCCGGGGGGCUUGGCGGUGGCUUGCGGGGUGCACUGAUGGAUGGCUUAGCAUGGGGCGUUGGUACGUCUGUCGCCAGCCGGAUGAUGGACGGCAUCCUGGGCCCGCGGCAAAUGGAAGUAGUGCACAGGAAUGAGGAUGGAGGCUCGGCGCCGUCCGGCGGUGAUGCCGCAUCACCUCCUCCUCCAGGAUCUGCAGGAGACUCGGGAGGGUGGUCCUGGGACGAUGCUGGCUCCAGUGGCUCCGGCAACGAUGAGGAAGGUGGCGGAUGGUUUGGAGGAGGUGGCGAGGACAACAACGAUGGUGGUGGGGGCGGAUGGUUCGGCGGUGGCGACGAGGAAUGGUAG